AUGGCAGACAUCCUUACCCAGCUACAAACAUGCCUGGACCAACUUGCAACCCAAUUCUACGCAACCUUGGGCUACUUAUCAACGUAUCAUGACAACAGUCCAGCAAUCCCACCUCCCAGCGUCCCCGACGCAGCUCCUGCCCUAGCAAAAAUCACCAAAAAUGCAACAUCACCACCCAUCCCCGCCUCCAUAGCUGCGAAAACAGACGGCACAACCGAUGCUGUCGCCGGACACGCCUCUCCACCGCCAGCAGCACCACAGCAACCCGGUGCCGGGCCAGGAGACGGUGAUUUCGAAGACCCCAAUCUUCCACCACAGCCUGAUUCACCACGGACAUUCGCAAGUCGGCAACGGGAACUGGCUCGGGACCUCAUCAUAAAAGAGCAGCAGAUUGAGUAUCUGAUCUCUGUGUUGCCGGGUAUUGGGACUUCGGAGGCAGAACAAGAGAAGAGGAUUCGGGAGUUGGAGGUACAGCUGCGGGACGUGGAAAGGGAACGAGAGACCAAGGCACAGGAGUUGAGAGGGUUAAGGAAGCGGCUUGAUGAAGUGCUUGGGGCUGUUUUCGUGGGAAUUCACGGGGAGAGGGAGUAA